GUACGGAAGGAGCUUAUCUUUCGGACUGCGGCGCGCGCAGGCGCCCAUCGACGACGUGUAUCGCCACCGCAUCACGACCACCGCGGCGCCCACGGCCAAACGCCGAACGCCGUAUAUACACCGCGCUACGGCUACACGGUGGUGUGGUGAGUGGUUUGCGAGUAGCGAGACUAGCGAGUGGUGACUGGUGAGUGGUAGCGACAAGCACGACGACGCAUCGCGACGUUCGCCGUCCGUCUCGUCGUGCUAUUGGUUCCUCGGCUCGGACUCUCUAGCGCCGUGCGCGAAGAUCACCGUUGGCGAAAACCAGCGGUCGGCGAGCGAUUGAGUGUGGAUGAUCGAGCCGACGACGAUGACCACGAGGUUGCGUGCUGACAGCACGUGGAACGAAGGAGCGUCGGCAAACGCCGAGAAGCAGACGCUGCCGUCGCUACUGUCGACGCUGCGGAACGGCUUAACCUCGCGCGGCGUUGAGGAUACCGGCAAGAUUAACGGUUACACGCUGACGAGCAAUGGCCACGUACACUCUACCCACGGUCCGACAAAAGCGGAAUUACAAAAACCACCACGGUCGAGAGAAUCCUUUGAAAAAGUUCCAUUCAUCACAGCGGCGCUUACACACCUCGGUUUUUAUAUUCUCAUGUUCCUGGGAUUUAUUAAUCAGUUAUUCUUUGUUCCGAAGAUUGCCACCGAAAAAAAUAGAGAAGGAUAUGCUCCGCUGUACGACAAUUUUGAGAAAUUUUAUCUCAAGUACGUCUACAGACGAGUGAGAGAUUGUUGGAACAGGCCGAUUUGUUCUGUUCCUGGCGCAACGGUCACAUUAAAAGAUCGAGUAACUCACGAUUACGGAUGGACGUUUCAAUUUACUGGAACUGAAACACAGUGUAUAAAUUUGGGCUCUUACAAUUAUUUAGGAUUUGCCGAAGCGAGUGGUAAGUGCGCCGACGAGAGCAUCAAAACGCUCAAGAAGUUCGGUUGUGCCAGUUGCAGCACGCGUCUUGAAUUAGGUACCAUGCCGAUACAUGAUGAACUAGAAAAGUUGACUGCAAAAUUUUUGGGAGUGGAAGACGCCAUAGUAUUUGGAAUGGGAUUUGCCACAAACUCAUUAAACCUACCUUCCUUGGUCAGCAAAGGUUGUCUGGUUCUUAGCGACGAGAAGAAUCAUGCUUCGCUUAUUCUCGGACUACGACUAUCUGGCGCAGUGACACAGAUCUUCAAGCAUAAUAACGUGAAGCAUUUAGAGGAAUGUUUGAAGAAGGCUAUUGUCUCCGGGCAGCCGAAAACUGGCGAACCUUGGAAGAAAAUAGUUAUCAUUGUUGAAGGCGUUUAUUCUAUGGAAGGUUCAAUCGUCCAUUUACCCGAAAUAUUAGAGUUAAAAAAGAAAUACAAAGCCUACCUUUAUGUGGAUGAGGCACAUAGCGCGGGAGCCAUGGGAAAAAAUGGGAGAGGAGUUUGCGAUUACUACGGUAUUGACCCGCGCGAAGUAGAUAUACUCAUGGGAACAUUUACGAAAAGCUUUGGCUCGGCGGGUGGAUAUAUAGCUGGAACAAGAACAUUGAUAAAUCAUAUAAGGAUAUAUGGUCAUGCGCAUACGUACGCGGCAUCGAUGUCCCCACCUGUUACGCAACAAAUUAUCACGUCGAUGCGAAUUAUUGCAGGAGAAGAUGGCACAGAUGCUGGUGAAAAACGUAUCAAACAGUUGGCUAAGAAUACGAGAUAUUUUAGACGCAGAUUGAAUCAGAUCGGAGUUAUAAUUUAUGGAAACGAGGACUCGCCCGUUGUGCCUAUGCUAGUUUACUUAUUCUCUAAGAUCGGCGCAGUGAUCCGUACUCUGACGACCCGUAACAUAGCAACCGUCGGCGUUGGAUUCCCAGCAACGCCGUUGAUGGAGGGCAGAAUUAGAUUUUGUCUUUCAGCCGCACACACAAAGGAACAAUUAGAUUAUGUAUUGUCGCAUAUUGAGGAGAUUGCGGACAUGUUAGGAUUAAGAUACUCGAGGAAACCUCGCACUCCUACGAAAAUAGAAUAUUCCGACAGCGAAGCAGAAUGACCUACCUCGUAGAGUAAUGAAUCGUUAGAUAAUACGUUUCUUUGACGGGUCAAGAUAGCUGAAAAUUUUAAAUAUCGCCAUAGCUCCAAAUAUAGUUCAUCGCAUUGUACAAUACAUUAAAUGAGAAAGCUACAUAUAUUAUGAUUAUUACAAGAAUAAGCUAAUGCUUAAGUAAAUUUCUCAUUAAAAAUAUACGAGUGUAAUGAUUUAUACAUGAAGUUAAGAAAUAACUGGAGGACGUAUAAUAUGGGCAGGCUAAACCAGAUAAAUGCAAGGAAAGAAGGGGAAUGAGA